UUAACUUCAUGUCACGGGCGUUUCACGUAUUCAUUUGCUUCUCAGCUGUCUCUUUUUCCAGAAGUUGCCAGCUACUAGUUGGUCGCGCAAGCGCAGCCGGGGAGGGCCCGUCGGAUGCGGGCUGGAGGAAGAGGCAGCCGCGCCGGGAUUUGAGAGAGAGAAUAUGUGCCUGGAACAACAAUGACAUCAAGAUUUGGUAAAACCUACAGCCGGAAGGGCGGUGACAGCAGCUCCAAGUUUGAUGAGGUGCUGUCCAACAAGAGAGCCACUCUCAGCACCAAAUGGGGUGAAACCACCUUCAAAGCUCAGCUGGGCUCCAAGCGGCCUGGCUCUGGAGCCGAGGUGACCGAUACAGCCAAAAGGGCCAGGCUCACUGAGGAGGAGGCCUCUGAGGACCCGUUUGGUUUCGACAGUGAUGACGAUUCCAAGCCCGUGACCUCUCGUGUCACUCCGCCGGUCAAGACUGCACCCGUAGAACCUCCACGGCCGGAGAGAUCGAGCCUUGCACAGGAACACGACACCCAUGUCAGUCAUCUGGUUAACAAGGAGAGCGUCUCUCCAGUUGUGCACUCCUCCAUUCAGAGCAGCAGCAGGAACUCCUGUAAGACAGAGGACUGUAGCAGUGGCCUUCUCAACAGCACACCUGCAGACAAGACUGUGCACUCAUGGGGAAGUGAAGGUGCUGAGAAUAACAGCAACUUGUGGUACAAGAAUGCUUCUGAGAGGGAGAGGAGACCUGUUUGUCAGGCCUCCAGCCUGAAGACGGAGAGCAAGGACUCCUUGGAGAACUGGCAGUCUGCCUCUGAGAGGCCCACCCUCCACUGUUUGGAGAGCAUGAAAGUCUGUGACUUUACGUGGAUGACUGGGUUUUCCCAGGAAGGCAGCAUCAGUGGGCAAGACAGUGGGGAAGAGCUGGUAUGUGAGACACACACUGAAUCUUCUCAUGAGUUGAAAAGUAACGAGCCCCUGCAGGGUGCCCCAGAGCCCCCACCAGAACCCUUGGAUCUGGAAGCCCUGGCCCAACCGCUUUCCAGGCCCCCUAAUUGCCGGACGUACCGGCGCCCCAACAGAUGUCGACACCUUGCAGCCGGUGGGAAUGGAGAGGGUGUUUUACCCGGCACCCAGGCAGUCCCCACGAAAGUGGUGACAGAGAGCCAAUCGGGUGGCAGGGGGAGGACACGGGACUAUACAGUGUUGCAUCCGUCCUGCCUGUCUGUGUGCAACGUCACCAUCCAGGACUCCAUGGACCGCAGCAUGGAGGAGUUCACCACAGCCAGUGCUCCAGCAGACCUCGGGGAGGCAGGCCGGCUGAGGAGGAAAACGGAGACACUGCCCAGCAAACCUGCAAGAUUUAGGCCCACCCAGAGCAAGUCCAAAAAGGAGACGAAGUUAGAGUUCUUUGGCUUCGAUGAAAACGAGGGUCAGGAAGCGGACGGCGAUCCCAUGCCCUCGGGUAGCACGAGCUACAAAAUCAAGUACUUUGGCUUUGAUGACCUGAGCGAGAGUGACAGUGAUGAGGACGAUGAUGCGGCUGCAAAGAGGAAGGCAAAGAAAAUUUCAGCACCGGCAACCACAGCCCUGUCCAUGGGUGUGGAUAGCCCACAGCCCAGUGACUCCCAGGACAGUCAGGCCAGCGCCAGUACAGAUAUCCUUGAGUUCUCGGACGACUCAUCUCCUGCUGUGCCAGAAAUCCCAAAGAGGGCCCAGGGAAAGCAAGUGGAUAAAUCCAAGGACAACAGCAGAAGGAUUUUCAGUGCCCCCAAGAAGACUUCUGCAAAGGCUGUCUACAAUGCCAGACACUGGAACCAGCCAGAAGCUGAGGAGUCACCCAUGCCAGCGCUUUCCCGAUCCCAGACUGCUCCGGCCGUUUUGUCAAAAGAAACCCCUGAGACAAACUCCCACAAAGAUGAGGGGGUCUUCAAACCACCACCCCCACCUCCCAAAGUCACCAAGUGCAUCACCCUCCCCACAGAACCCUACCAAGAUAUUGUCACCACACUGAAAUGCAGGACGGAGCACAAGGAGUUGUACACGGUUGUUCAGCAUGUGAAGCACUUCAAUGACGUGGUGGAGUUUGGAGAAAACCAGGAAUUUACUGAUGACUUUGAGUACCUUGAGACUGGCUUGAAGAGUGGGCAGCCGCUUAACACCCGCUGCCUCAGUAUCAUCAGCCUAGCUACCAGAUGUGCCAUGCCCAGCUUCAGAAUGCACCUGAGGGCAAGAGGGAAGGUGGCCCAGGUUUUCAAGACACUGAGUGAUGCCCCGCAGCACCCGAACCUGGCAUUGUGCACAGCUUCUCUAAUGUAUAUUCUCAGCCGGGACCGCCUUAACAUGGACCUGGACCGAGCCAGCCUGGACCUAAUGAUUCGGCUGCUGGAGUUGGAGCAGGACAACACAGCGGAUGACCAGCUCACCGCCAGGGAAAUGGGUAAAGUGAAAGAGAAGAUCCGGAAGUUGUGCGAGACAGUCCACAACAAGCAUCUGGACCUAGAAAACAUCACGACGGGACAUUUAGCCAUGGAGACCUUGCUGUCCCUGACUUCCAAGCGCGCUGGCGACUGGUUCAAGGAGGAGCUGCGGAUGCUGGGUGGCCUGGACCACAUUGUAGAUAAAGUGAAAGAGUGUGUUGAAAACUUGGGUGAGGAAGACGACAAGGAGAAGCUGGUUGCAUCAUUAUGGGGAGCUGAACGGUGUUUACGUGUGCUUGAAAGUGUCACAGUCCACAACCCCGAGAACCAGGGCUACCUGAUCGCAUACAAGGAAUCCCAACUCAUUGUGUCCUCUGCCAAGGGCUUACGGUGCUGUGAGGCAAUGAUCCAGCGCUACAGCCGUGAGGCAAGCCACACAUCCAGCUGCUGCAACGUGGGCAAGGCCGUAGAGGACUGUAUGCGCUCCAUCAUCGGCGUGCUGCUAAACCUCACACAUGACAAUGAGUGGGGAAGCACUAAAACUGGUGAACAAGAGAACCUCAUUGUCACUGCAUUGAACUGUGUGCUGCGGGUCCCACAGUAUCUACCUCAGGAGCAGAGAUUUGACAUCAGAGUGCUGGGUCUGGGACUCCUGAUCAACCUGGUGGAGUACAGCGCUAGGAACCGGCACUGCCUUGUGGAAAUGGAGGUUGACACAGAGACCUUCAGCUAUGUCUGCCAGGGUGAGGGGGAGGAGCCGAAUCCUGUUGGCCCUCUUAAUGCCAUUUCAGCACUAGUACAGUUGUUUCUCCAGCGGGAGCGUGCAGCCGUGCUGGCCGAGGCUGAAACAGAUGAAUUCAUCAGUGAUGGGCCAAAACCUCAGCCAGACCAAGGUGGUGAGUGGCAGGAGACGUCUGGCGAGAUCCAGUGGGUGGCCUCUGAGAAUAGCACGAAUGACAACGAAAAGGAGAAGAAAGAAGAAGACGAAGAAGAGCUAGAUCUCAACAAAGCUCUCCAGCAUGCUGGGAAGCACAUGGAGGACAGCAUCGUGGCUUCGUACACAGCACUGUUACUGGGCUGUCUCUGCCAGGAGAGUCCUAUCAAUGUGACUGCUGUGAGGGACAUUUUACCGAGAGGAGAUUUCUCAAUAAUGACAGAAAUGCUCAAGAAGUUCUUAAAUUUUAUGAACCUCACAUGUGCUGUGGGAACCACAGGACAAAAGUCCAUCUCCCGGGUCAUCGACUACCUGGAGCAUUGCUAGUGGACCCAGUGGGCCCAGAAUUUCGACUGCAUCGUGUCUAAAUUCAGUAGGCAUCCCAUGGUACAAAUGAGCAGGGAGAGACCAUCACAGAGAAGCUGCCAGCUGUCAUAAUCAGCAACAUUUGGACUAUUGUGAAAUGCUCUCAUUUGCAUCGAAUAGGUUUUAAAUUUAUUUUAAAUUUAUAUUUUAUCAAGCACGGCCCUGUUUUGGGCACCAAAAACAAAAAUGGGUUGUGAAGAUUAUACAGAUUCAAAUUCAGAAAUUGGGAGUCUGUAUAAAUGCAUAUAUAGGGGGAAUAUUUAUAGUUCUUAUGGCAUUCUCCUGAACUCUCCUGUACUUGGGAGUACACAAAUUAUGCUACCCCCUUAAAUUAUUAAUGGUGUGAUGUUCAGCAGAAAAUUGCUCCUUGGGUCUUGUGUUAGUAUUCAAAUUCGUGAACCCAGUCUUCAGUUUAUCUACAACAUCCUUUAGAGUAAGGUAGUAUUGGUAUUAGUGUGAUUAAGACUUUCCAAUUAUUAUUUUUAGACUACAUCACUUUCUCUUUGUAGAUCAGAAGGUUUUAGGAAUUUUUAAGGAUUUUUUUGACUACUUUUUUUGGUUAUUACUUUUGAUAUUCAUUAAAAUAUCUGCAUUACUUCUGCGCUUGCUAGUCAAUAAAUUGAUCUGAAACUGCCAGCUGUACGUGAAAACAAACCAAGGCACUCUGAUAUGCAGUGGAUGUCCUGAAAUUAUGAAGAACCAAAGUCAAUAUUUUCUGUUUUAAGUCAAUAAGCUUUUUUUCUGAGGGUUAAGUGAACAUGAGAUUGAUUUCUUUAGACCAUCCUUCUACUAGUAUGACUAGCAAAACACUGAGGGGCCCAAGGUUUAUGGUGUUUGGACACAGUAUUGCUUGACUCGUACAGUACUUUUUGGAGUGUUUUUGUUUUAAUCCUUUAAUUGGUUAAUGCUUUUGUUAGUGGAGACUUACAAUGUUAAUUUGUAUAUUGCUCAUAGUUGGGAGUUUGAACAUUGUUCAUCUCUUCUCAUUCUUUGCUCUUUCAUCUAGCCAGAAAGAUGCCUGUCAUUUAAAGGUGUCUGUCUAUGGCAGAGAUUCUUCCAAUUUAAUGCGUUCUGGAGUUCAUUGGUGUUAAUGACAGCACAGCUUCCUGUUAUGAAUGUGUGUUAUUAGUUUGAUAUAUAAACUGUUGGAAGCAGGUUAAGGACUUCUACCUAGUCUCUUAAAGAUGAGAGUAAGACUGUAGGGUUCCUUGACCAGUGUAGGUCAUCUUGGCUUCUAAACCUGCAAGGGAUUUUGGUCAUUUGCUGUAAAUGAUAUAAUGUGGCAAGGAAAAUAUCCACAAACCAAAUCUUUUUGUAAUUAGACAUGAAAGAAAUCAGCAGGACUGUAAGACGUUCUCAUUUUACUCUUUUAAAACAAAUCACUUGAUUUAAAGAUAUAAGUAUUUUACGGAUAACUGAUGACUUUACUAAUAUGAAUUCUUUCUUUGUAAAUACUUACAAGCCUUUCUUAUCUGUAAUGUCUGUCAUGAAUGGAUGGAAGUUGUCAAGGUUGUUGCAGGCCUGUGGGUUGCCCAGUUCUCUAGUGGCCGGAACUUAGUUUGAGAAGAUUUUACAUGGCAUUUUUAUGUGUUGUGUUUUUACCUUGCAUAGUUUCUGCAGUGCAGAGGCAUUUAUUUAAGCAACGCUGUUUUUCCUAUUCAUGAAUUCAGUGGGAAGAGAUUUCAGUCCCUGAAAAUUUAAAAAAAAAAAAAAAAAAAAAAAAAAAACUCCUGCUGUAGAAGCUCUGAGGAAAAAGGAGAGACACCAAGAGCAUUUGGUUGUAUUUAUUUAUUUAUUGAGUCCCCCAGCCUAAAUCGUAAACAACUAAACAGUGAUGUUUACAAGCAGGUUAGUAACAAAUAUGAAUGGGAAGAUAAAUGUACAUAUGUAUGUAAAUAUCGGUUACUGCGAAUUAGAAUUCUAGAAUACUUUUCUGAAUCCAAUCAUAUUUUUAUUUUUUACAAUACUUCUCAGUUAUUGAUGUAAAAAAAAAAAAAAAGAAAAAUGUUAACUGCAGGAAAAAGUUUGUACCAGUUUCAAGAAUGUUAUCUGUAAAUAAUUUUAACUUCAAUAAAAUUGCUACUUUCAGUA